AUGGCUCAACCAUCAUCAGCAGCUCGACCCAAACGAGCCGGCGAAGACUUCGCCCGCAGCCACGACAACACGUCCAAGAAGCCUCGCUUCGACUACCGCAACCCAAGCACACUCGCAGCCGAUGCGCCGGAAGAUGACCUGAUCCUCGACGCCGACGUGAUUGGCAAAUCAGGAACGCAAACCAAACGCAAUGCGGUCAACAUUGAUGGCUACGAAUCCGAUUCCGAUAAUGACAAUUUCAAUGCGCGAGCGGCGGAACGUGAGCGGAGGAAGCAGGGCGAAGCGAAAAGUAAAGACGAGGAGGACGAUGACAUGUUUGCGGACUUGGAGGAGGAUAUGCAAGGUACUGCGGAUGGUGAUGAUGACGAAGAUGAGAGCCGGAGGAAGAAGAAGGAUGUCCGAUUUCUGGACCAAGACGAGAUUGAGGGACAAGUGAUGAAUAGCACGUCUGGAGGAAAAGUCGAGGUAGAUUUGUCUAUGGGUACAAAGGGAAAGCAGAAGGCUGCAGAAGAGGACGACUCCGAGUCUUCGGGCGGAGAGGAAGAACGUGAUCGGCUACCGGACGAGAUUGAAGAGGAGGAUGCGGCGGAGCUAGGAGCUGGUGGAAAGAAGAAGCACGCGCCAAGGUUAGAUGCGUUCAAUCUGAAGGGAGAAGAAGAAGAGGGCAAAUACGACGAGUCUGGCAAUUUCGUGCGAAAAGCUAUGGACCCGGACUCGAUCAAUGAUAAUUGGCUGGAUGGGUUGAGUAAGAAGGACAUGAAGAAGGCGAAAGAGGCGCAGGAGAAGAGGGAGGAGGAUCGGAGACGGAAAGCUAUCGAGGAUGAUGCUGUAUUGACGAGUGACAUUCUGUCCACUUUGAUCUCGCAUCUGGACACAGGCGAGACACCAUUAGAAGCACUACAGCGGUUGAACAAGCACAAGCCCAAGGAGACCAAAGUCCCCAAGUGGAAGAAGAAGAAGCAACAAAAAGACGCUAUGGACAUUGACGAUGCACCGGCCACUGGCGACAGUCAGUCGGAUCCCGCCGAGGAGGCACGAAGAAAGCUCGUAGAGAGCAUCACGGGAGCGGCAGAUGCUUUGUACUCUCGAGGCCAACUCGAGAUAUACGAAGCUGAACGCGAAGUGCUUAUGCGACAAUAUCGCCGCGAGACCGGGGACGAUUGGCGCGCUCCUGCUACUACGAACGGUUCCGCGGACGACACGAGUACGUGGGAAUAUAGGUGGAGUGAUGGCAGAGAUGGCGGUACGAUCAACGGACCGUAUGACGGGCCAACUAUGAGUGCUUGGAAUGAUGCCGGAUACUUCGGUGAAGGAGUGGAGUUUCGGAAAGUCGGAGAACCGGAGUGGGAUUCAGUCCUUAGCGUUGGCUAG